AUGACAAAGGAUAUUUAUAAGUCAGACAUGAAAAAUAAGACUUUUAGCGAUAAGCAUUGUUGGAGCAUCCUAUCACGAUGCCCUAAGUGGUGUCCUGAUCUUGCACUCAACGUGGAACAUAUGCCACCUAUGCAUAGCGAGUUGAGCUCAUUUGUUGACCUCCAUCAAUCAUCUCCGACAUUCGAAGAUACUCCAAUUGGGGGGUUGCGUAGACCUGAAGGACAUGAUAAGCAAAGGACCCACAAUGAGGGAAAAUCCAUAGAAGAGUCAUGUGGGGAGCGUGAUCAACAAAGGGAUGCAUUAUUGGAUCGAGGAGCUCUUCUUGAAGAGAGGAAUGCGAGUAGGGCUAUCUACGACAGUCACAAAAUUGAGCGUGAACGGAAAAAGUGGCAAAUGGAGGAUGAGGAAGUCCCCACUAGAGGAAGGGUAAAUGAGUGA